AUGAAGGGGCGGAGCCCCGCCCCCCCGCAGCUGCCGCCUGCCCGGCUGGAUCCGCCCCCCCAGUCCGGGCAAGGCCGCCCCGCCUUCAGCAAAGGCGGGGGCCGGAGUUUCGGUGGGGCCGGGCUAGCGCCGGUCACAUGGCGGGGAGCGGCGGCGGCAGCCGGCGGAGCGGGGGGCCGGGGCGGCAGCAUGGCCCUGGAGGACCCGUUCUCCGCCACUCAUGUCGUCAGCACGGAGGAGUUCGACUUGGACCCGCUGAUACGAGACUUGCGGCAACUGCCUGCGGAGCAUCGGAGUGGGACCUUGGACGAUCUGGAGGAGACCAUUUGCAUUGUGGAGUCGAACCCUCGCAAGUUCAGGAUCGAAGCCAGCGAGCUGACGGAGAGACGGGCCUUCGUGAGGCAGAUGCGGGACUCUGUCAAGGAGAUGCGGGAUCACAUAUCCAGCCCGUCAGCCCUGGCCUUCGCCGAGCGGAAGAACAGAGAGAUGCUGAUUGGUGGUGGGGCCAGCCAGAAGCCCCCCCCGGAGCGGUACGGGCAGCUGCGGGAGGAGCUGGUGUCAGCCAAUUCCCGCUAUAUUGAGGAGCAGCAAUUGCAUCAGCAGCUGAUCAUAGACCAGCAGGACGAGCAGCUGGAGCUGGUGUCGGGCAGCAUCCGGGUCUUGAAGAACAUGUCGGGCCGGGUUGGGGACGAGCUGGAUGAGCAGAGCUUGAUGCUGGAGGAGUUUGCCCAGGAGAUGGAUCACACCCAGUCCCGCAUGGACGGCGUGCUGAAGAAGAUGGCCAAGGUCACCCACAUGACCAGCGACCGGCGCCAGUGGUGUGUGAUCGGCAUUCUGCUUAUUCUCCUCAUCGUGGUGCUCAUCCUCUUCUUCACUCUGUAAUCGGCUGGCCA